CCGCCUCUCCUCCGGGGAAAGCAGGCCCGGCGGCGGGAGAAGCGAAGUGGGUGGGUUGGGGAGGCCAUGCAGAGCCCGGGGCCGCUGCCGAGCCGCUGCCGUCGAGGAAGCGAGUUGGAGCCCCGCUUUCCUCGCUCCCUCCAGGUCGGAGGGGGAAGGCGCGCGGACCGGCUCCCCGCAAGAAGGGCCGGGAGUGAGUCCUUCCCCGGGGCGGGGAAGGGGCGUUUGCAAGGCCGGAGGAAGAGCCGCUUCGGAAGGGAAGCCUGAGGGGAGGGAAUCCCGGCGAACUUUCCUACUUUGCGCUUCUUUAGCGGACGGCGGAGCUUGACUCCUGCCGGCAACCCGCGGGAGGUGAGGCGAGGCGAGCUUCUGCAAGGGGCAGCAACUGCUCCGGAGGAGCCAAAGCGGGCGGGCGGGUGGGCGGACGGACGGACUGCCCGCGCCCGGAGGAACCUCCUCCGGCCCUCCCGAGGCCCUUUUCCCUGCCGUCCAACCGGGACGACCAUGGCUAGGAGCGGCUGCGCUCCCGGCUGCAGCCUUCCCCAGCCGCCGCCGUUUCGCUUUCUGGACCUGGCCUUCGCCCUGGUGGGCACCCUGGCUUUCCUGCUGGACUUAGUGGCCGAUGUCUGGGUGGCUGCCAGCUACCUCCGAGCCGGCCGCUUCCACUGGGGCGGGUUGGUGCUGGGGCUGCUGCUCCUCUCCUCCCUGACGACCCAGUUCUUUAGUUGGGCUUGGUUCCGGAGCGACUCGGGCAAAGAAGGCCUCGCCCAGCCAUCCGCCCGGAUUUCGAACCUGCUCCAUGUCCUACAGCUCGGCUACCUGUACAGGUGUCUCUAUGUCCUGAAGGUAGGUUUUCAGGCGUGCAAGAUGGAAGAUGCAACAGCAACUCAUCAGGCCUUUGCCAUUUUCCUGUCACACGAUGUCAGUCUCUUGCGCCUCUUCGAAACCUUUCUGGAAAGCGCACCUCAGCUCAUCCUGGUGAUCUACAUCAUCCUACACACCAACCAAGCUGAGAUAUUUCAAGUACUUGGGAUUUGCACAUCUUUUCUGUGUAUCACCUGGGCCCUCUUGGAUUAUCACCAGACUCUGCGCAGCUUCCUGUGGGACAAACACAAGUUGGCCUUCCUGUCUUCGGUCCUCUACUUCCUGUGGAACUUCCUAUUGAUGUGUCCUCGCAUUUUCUCGUUGGCGCUCUUUGCAGUAGUCUUCUCAAGCUUCAUUUUCCUCCACUUCCUAGUCAUCUGGUUGGCCAUGCUUCUCUGGGUCUCCUUGCAAGGGACAGACUUGAUGGAACAUACCACCUUUGAGUGGUUUUAUCGAGCUACGGUAGCCGUUAUCCUCUAUUUCUGCUGGUUCAAUGUGGCCGAGGGAAAAACGCGCCACCGCUCAGCUAUUUACCACAUCUUCCUAAUUCUGGAUAGCAUUAUCCUGAGCGUCUCUUGGUGGUGGUACAGAAUUCCCUCGAGCUGGGAUUCCCAAGUGUGCCCUGCACUCCUGGCUGCCCUGGCCUGUUACGCUCUUGGCAUUUUCUUGAAAUGCGUCUACUACAAGUGUUUUCAUCCUGCUAUGAAAACUACACUCGUUACGGAUUACGAUGAAGUAGACAGCAAUGAGCCUGGGAAUGGAGAUGCUGUAGUGUUCCGGCAAAUGGUUAUAGAAACCCCCGUCAUCAACCAUCGGACUUACAGACUCUCUCAGAACUUCUUUGCUGGCUCUUUGGCAGAGGAGACUCGGUACCAACAGAAUGGGACUGUCAGUGAUAUGUAUCUAUGAGGCAUGUUUAGGACAGCCAGGACAAAACUAUGGUUGAAUUAGAUUCAGAAAACAUUUGUACCUGUUUCCCUGUUGAAUUCAUGUUUAUGUUUCUUCCAGAAUUAUUAAUUAGCCAUAUAAGCUAAACCAAAUAAGCUAGGAAGGAAGGAUUGUGCUGCUGUCCUCUUCAAAGACAAUCUUUCGCAGGGGAUGGAAGAUAUGAAGCAACACCAGCAGAUAUGGCCAAAUAGGGCCUAAGUUGAAGAAUGCUAGGAAAUGUAGUUAGCAAAUUCAGAUGUUCAUAGGUACAUCAUUAUUGUUUUUGAUGUCUCUAAUUCUGGAUUUUAUGACUUGCACCUUUUUGUGGAUUGCAAUACUUCUUAGUUCUGGCGCACUUUUCAAACUUUAUACCUUUAAUCUUAAAUGCAGGCCUUCAGUUCUCUGUACUUGACUGUCCACCUGCCUGUGUUCUGAUGUUACAUGAGAAAAAAAUUAGUUGAAAUGGCCCUUGAUCACAUCACAUGCUUCCCCUUUUCUUUGAUGUGACCAUCGGAAGGGUUCCAAACUGUCUUUUAACUAGUUCUUGCCAUAGUAGCUGAACUAUGACAUCAAGGUUUCUAUGGAUGUCAUAGUUUAUCUGGGAAAACACAUAAUCCUUAAGCUAUAAACUGACUUUAACAUACCAUUUUGAAGAUGCACUAUAAUUUAGAUUGAAUUUGGUGUAGUGCUAUAGUUCAUGGUGCUGAGACUUUUCCAAUCUCAUUGAGAUGAGGAAGUUUGUAAACCUGGUAGUUCACUGUAAUUAUCUAUGGUUUGAUAUGUGGACUGAUGGAAAUUGAAUUCCAAAAUACCUGGAAGACAUUAGACUUUGCUUUAAUGCAACAUCUGGGUUAGGUAGAGUAGCUUCAGCCCUUCUCCUCUGUUCUUGAUUUUGGCCACCUGUGCCCAAAUAGUUUAUAUUUCAAGAGUUUUGACAGUUUAUAUUUCAAGAGUUUUGAGAGGACAGUCCUUAUUCCAAUUUCCAAGUUAUCUUGAAGGGAAGCUUAGAAAAUAUGCCUAACACUUCUUUCUGGAUUUGGCUCUCUUCCGAUGCCUUAUAUGGCUAAUUUUAAAACAUCAGUGUUACUUUAGGUUUUCACUAUGAUUCAGAUUGACUGGAAUCAGCAAAAAUAUGCAUGGCAGAGAUGUGCAUAUUCAACUUAUUCAAGCCUCCAAUACAGAAGAGUGCAAGUUGGAGUGGAAGGAAUAGCAAAGCUCUAGGAAAGGAUUUAGUAUACAUACUUAAGUAUUUUAAAAAAUUCAAAUCCUCUCCUGCUUUUCAAUUCAGAAAGUAGAUACACUAGUCUUAACCUCUCUCCCUCCUUUCACUAAACUGUCUCCCAGUUCAUUUAUUUUUUUUUUACUUAUAGCAAUGCCAAAUUCAGUGCAAUUGUUAAUUUAUUGCCACUUCUGAAAUAUUUAGACUGAAUAAAGUAUUUCAGUUCCCGUUCAUCUGUGUUAUAGUAUGGGGGUUUUUUUUUGCAUAUAGUAAUGCCAAAUUCAGUGGGAAUUCACUGCAACAAUUUAUUGUCACUUCUGAAAUAAUUAGGCUGAAUAAAGUAUUUCAUUUCCUGUUCAUCUGUGCUAUAGAACUGGUAUAGGUCACCUGGUAUAGGUCACCCAAUGGGUUUACUAGUAUGUCCCCAACAUACUAGGGCCUGAGAUAACUGCCUUACUCUGCUGAGUGUGUCUUCUUAGUACUGAGAUGUCAGUUAAAAUGCAAAGCCAAAAAAUAUGGCUACAGGUAACUGAGGGUCCUGAUAAGAAUUUAAUCUUGUGCAAAAUCCAGUCAUUUCUUUGUGGGCAAAUACACGAGGCCACCAAAAGGUCUGAAAAGCAAGAUAUAUUCUUAUCUGUUCCUGUACUUCAAUCGUAUGAGAUUUCAUGAUUUAAGUAUGUUAGAUAUAUUCUGAGUGAAGCUUAGUCUAGAAGCGUGUGGGAUCACUAUUGAAUUCCCAGAUUCUGCAUAAUUGGCCACCUUGGCAGGAAGUACUGUGAGACACAUUUGAAAGGCCGUAGGUCACUCAUUGCUGCUGUUACUAAAGCCUUAACAACAUUUUUAAACAAAUGUGAUCAAACUGUACAUGUUUGUUUG